AUGACGCGAGAACUGCUUCAACUUGUCGCGAAAGAUGAUGUAAACGCUCGGAAAACUUUGUUGCCACAAAAGAAAUUCAUCAACACCAAGAUCUCGAACAAAUCAGCACACCUAUGCAUGACGCCUUCGCGAACCAACAAACGCAAACUGACACCGUUGAAAUCUCCUAUUAAGACUCCUUUCAAAUCUCCCAUUUACAAAGCAAGAGCAAUCGACCAUUUAUAUACCGUACGGGACGAUCGCAUAAAUAUCAUCUGCUGGAGAAGUCUAAGGAUUUAUCAUCAGAGUGUGACCAGAACUGUGCGGCAUGCGUCUCUAGAUUCAGAGCAGUCGUUACUGAUAUUACGAUCAAAGACCAUUUCUUUGAUCAUCGAAAAGGGAGUAAGAAGAAAGGCGGGACCGUUGAUAUGGACAGAAACUCUAUACAAAAAGGCGCUCUUGGUGUUAGGUGGGAAAAAGCUAGAAGAAAUGAUUCCAAAAUGCUGGUUACUUCUAAAAUGGGCUUAA